UUAAUUCCACCCCUUCUCUACAACUACUCGCAUCUCUCCCUGACCAGAUUUCCGCCAUUUCAAUUCAUGCUUUUCACUCUUCACAAACACCUUCAAACCCAAAUUUCUGUUUGCUUAAACGAUUGGACUCUUCUCUACGUUGUGAAGAGCUAGUUUGAGAUGAAGAUUUAGUGUGUGAAGAUUGAAUCUCUGUAACUGGGUAUCUGUCAUUUCAUCCUCUCGAACCUGAUUUCCACUCUGUGGUUUGAGGUGGUGUCAUCAUGUCAGAAGCUCAAAGGAUGCGUCAAAAUGGAAGUUUCAAUCACGGUAAUGGGUACUUAAAUGGGGCAAUUUCACUGAGGUCUCCUGCAACGAGAUCUGCCAUUGAUGAAUUUUGUAAUGCACUCGGGGGAAAGAAGCCAAUCCAUAGUAUUUUAAUUGCAAACAAUGGAAUGGCGGCCGUUAAGUUUAUUAGAAGUGUGAGGACAUGGAGUUAUGAAACGUUUGGUUCAGAGAAAGCGAUUCUAUUGGUAGCCAUGGCUACUCCAGAGGAUAUGAGGAUAAAUGCUGAGCAUAUUAGAAUUGCCGAUCAAUUUGUAGAAGUCCCGGGUGGUACAAACAAUAACAACUAUGCUAAUGUGCAGCUUAUUGUAGAGACAGCCGAGAUAACACAUGUCGAUGCUGUUUGGCCCGGUUGGGGUCACGCAUCCGAAAUCCCUGAACUACCAGAUGCAUUGGAGGCAAAGGGCAUUAUAUUUCUUGGGCCACCGGCUUUAUCCAUGGCGGCACUUGGAGAUAAAAUUGGUUCUUCUUUGAUUGCACAAGCUGCUGACGUGCCAACACUUCCUUGGAGUGGUUCUCAUGUAAAAAUUCCUCCGAAUAGCUGUUUGGUUACAAUUCCGGAUGAUAUAUAUCGAAAAGCUUGUGUCCAUACAACAGAAGAAGCAAUUGCUAGUUGUCAAGUUGUCGGUUAUCCAGCAAUGAUCAAGGCAUCAUGGGGUGGAGGUGGCAAAGGCAUAAGAAAGGUGCAUAAUGACGAAGAAGUCAAGGCGCUUUUUAAGCAAGUUCAGGGUGAGGUCCCUGGUUCCCCCAUAUUCAUUAUGAAAGUUGCUUCACAGAGCCGACAUCUAGAGGUUCAGCUACUUUGUGAUCAGCAUGGCAACGUAGCAGCUUUACAUAGUCGUGAUUGCAGUGUUCAAAGGCGACAUCAAAAGAUUAUCGAGGAGGGGCCAAUAACCAUAGCUCCACCUGAAACAAUAAAGAAGCUGGAGCAAGCGGCUAGAAGAUUAGCCAAAUCAGUGAAUUAUGUUGGAGCUGCCACCGUAGAGUAUUUGUACAGUAUGGAAACCGAGGAUUAUUACUUUUUGGAGCUCAACCCUCGUUUACAGGUUGAGCAUCCUGUCACAGAGUGGAUAGCGGAAAUUAAUCUACCUGCAGCACAAGUUGCAGUUGGAAUGGGCAUUCCUCUCUGGCAAAUUCCAGAAAUAAGACGGUUCUACGGAAUGGAAAACAGUGGAGGCUACGACGCUUGGAGGAGAACAUCAGAACUUGCAACCCCGUUCGACUUUGAUAAGGCAGAGUCAACUAGACCAAAGGGUCAUUGUGUUGCUGUACGUGUAACAAGUGAAGAUCCGGAUGAUGGUUUUAAGCCCACUAGUGGGAAAGUUCAGGAGCUAAGUUUUAAAAGCAAACCAAAUGUGUGGGCGUACUUUUCUGUCAAGUCAGGAGGAGGCAUUCAUGAAUUCUCAGAUUCUCAAUUUGGUCAUGUUUUCGCAUUUGGAGAGUCUAGAACAUUGGCUAUUGCAAAUAUGGUUCUUGGGCUGAAGGAAAUUCAAAUUCGUGGUGAAAUUCGUACUAAUGUUGAUUAUACAAUUGAUCUAUUACAUGCUCCAGAUUAUAGAGAAAACAGAAUACAUACAGGUUGGUUAGACAGCAGAAUCGCGAUGCGGGUUAGAGCAGAAAGGCCCCCUUGGUAUCUUUCUGUAGUCGGGGGAGCUCUUUACAAAGCCGCUGCUAGAAGUGCAGCCAUGGUCUCGGACUAUGUUGGUUAUCUUGAAAAGGGGCAAAUCCCUCCUAAGCACAUAUCAUUGGUCAACUCCCAAGUUUCUUUAAACAUUGAAGGCAGCAGAUACACAAUUGAUAUGGUAAAAAGAGGGCCAGGAAGUUAUAGGUUGAGGAUGAAUCAAUCUGAGGUUGAAGCAGAGAUACAUACGCUACGUGACGGGGGUUUAUUGAUGCAGUUGGAUGGGAAUAGUCAUAUUAUAUAUGCAGAGGAAGAAGCGGCUGGUACUCGCCUUUUGAUUGAUGGAAGAACUUGCUUGCUUCAGAAUGAUCAUGAUCCUUCCAAGUUGGUGGCGGAAACACCCUGCAAGCUUCUACGAUACUUAGUCUCAGAUGGUAGCCAUGUUGAUGCUGACACACCUUAUGCUGAGGUCGAGGUUAUGAAGAUGUGUAUGCCUCUUCUUUCACCAGCUUCUGGAGUCAUACACUUUAAGCUGUCCGAAGGUCAAGCAAUGCAGGCUGGCGAACUUAUAGCAAGGCUUGAUCUUGACGAUCCAUCAGCUGUAAGAAAAGCAGAGCCUUUUCAUGGGAGCUUUCCUGUUCUUGGCCCUCCAACUGCAAUAUCGGACAAGGUUCAUCAGAAAUGUGCGGCAACUCUAAGUGCUGCUCGGAUGAUUCUUGCAGGCUAUGAUCACGACAUUGAUGACGUUGUGCAAAACCUGCUCCGUUGUCUAGAUAGUCCUGAGCUCCCUUUCCUUCAAUGGCAAGAAUGCUUUGCGGUUCUAGCAAACCGACUUCCUAAAGAUCUAAGAUACAAGUUGGAAUCAAAGUUUAAGGAGUACGAAGGGAUUUCUAACCAACAAACCAUCGACUUCCCUGCCAAAGUUUUAAGGAGCAUUCUAGAAACCCACCUCGGAUCUUGCUCAGGAAAGGAAAAAGGCGCCCAAGAAAGGCUCAUUGAGCCGUUAAUGAGUCUUGUUAAGUCAUAUGAAGGUGGUAGAGAGAGUCAUGCACGUGGGAUUGUUCAAGCUCUUUUUGAAGAGUAUUUAUCCGUUGAAGAGUUAUUUAGCGACAACAUUCAGGCUGAUGUAAUCGAACGACUUCGACUGCAAUACAAGAAAGAUCUCUUGAGGGUUGUUGACAUCGUGCUUUCUCAUCAGGGUGUUAGGAGUAAAAACAAGCUGAUACUACGACUGAUGGAGCAUUUGGUGUAUCCUAAUCCGGCUGCUUAUAGGGAUAAGCUUAUAAGGUUUUCUAUACUCAACCACUUGAAUUAUUCUGAGUUAGCGUUGAAGGCAAGUCAAUUGCUAGAACAGACCAGACUAAGUGAGCUUCGUUCAAGCAUUGCUAGAAGUCUUUCUGAGUUAGAGAUGUUCACUGAAGAAGGUGAAAAUAUGGAUACCCCUAAGAGGAAGAGUGCCAUUAACGAAAGGAUGGAGGAUAUCGUGAGCGCUCCACUGGCAGUCGAAGAUGCCCUUGUCGGUCUUUUUGACCAUAUUGAUCACACCCUUCAAAGGCGUGUUGUUGAGACCUAUGUUCGAAGACUAUAUCAGCCGUAUCUUGCAAAGGGGAGUGUUAGAAUGCAGUGGCACAGAUCUGGUCUUAUUGCUUCGUGGCAGUUCAUGGAAGGGCAUAUUGAGGAAGCGAAUACCUCCGACUAUGAAAUGACCGAACAGCCCUUGGUUGACAAGAAAUGGGGAGCUAUGGUUAUUAUAAAAUCUCUGCAAUUUUUGCCCGAUGUAAUAAGUGCUGCUCUUAAAGAAACAACUCAUAACUCUCAUGGCACAAGUCAAAAUGGGUUCGCUGAUCCUAGUAACCAUGGUAAUAUGAUGCAUAUUGCAUUGGCCGGGAUCAACAACCAGAUGAGUUUGCUUCAAGAUAGUGGUGAUGAGGAUCAGGCUCAAGAGAGAGUCAACCGGUUAGCAAAAAUACUGAAAGAUAAAGAAGUAAGUUCGAGUCUAAAAAACGCAGGGUAUGGAGUUAUCAGCUGUAUAAUACAGAGAGAUGAAGGGAGAGGCCCAAUGAGGCACUCGUUUCAUUGGUCGGAAGAGAAUCAUUACUACGUUGAAGAGCCACUUUUGCGUCACCUAGAGCCUCCAUUGUCGAUCUACCUUGAACUGGACAAACUUAAGGAGUAUGAGCAUAUAAAGUACACUCCAUCACGUGAUCGGCAAUGGCACAUGUAUACCGUUGAAGCUAAGCCACUUCCGAUUCAGAGAAUGUUUCUUAGAACGCUUGUUAGGCAACCAACAAAGGAAUGGUUCUCAGGAUACCAAGGUUCCGACAUUGCAGGCCCGGAGUCUCAAUGGACUUUGUCUUUUACAUCAAGGAGCAUCUUGAGAUCGUUGGUGACAGCUAUGGAGGAGCUCGAACUUCAUGUUCAUAACGCUACUGUCAAGUCUGACCAUGCUCAUAUGUACCUCUAUAUAUUGAAGGAACAACAACUAGAUGAUCUUAUUCCAUACUCGAGCAGGAGAAUAGAUGUAGAUGGCGGGAAAGAAGAAGCUGCAGUCGAGACACUUUUGGUGAAGUUGGCUUGCGAAAUUCACACGUUGGUUGGUGUAAAGAUGCACCGAUUAGGCGUUUUUGAGUGGGAGGUGAAGCUUUGCAUGGUCUCUUCUGGUCAAGCCAACGGUGCAUGGAGGGUUGUGGUCACGAAUGUCACUGGUCAUACCUGCAUUGUACAUGUGUAUCGGGAACUGGAGGAUUCUGGCAAACACAAGGUAGUCUAUCACGCCACGUCUACACCAGGCCCUUUACAUGGCGUACCCGUGAACACACCCUUUCAGCCUUUGGGAUUACUUGAUCAGAAACGUCUUUUAGCCAGGAAGAGCAAUACUACUUACUGCUACGACUUUGGACUGGCAUUUGAGGCAGCUCUCGAGAAAGUCUGGUCAUCGAGACUUCCGGCUGAUAGCAGGCCCAAGGGGAAACUUGUAAACGUGACCGAGCUCGUGUUUGCUGACCAGAGAGGCUCAUGGGGUACACCGCUGGUCCCUGUAAACCGCGAGCCGGCCCAGAACAAUGUGGGUAUGGUGGCGUGGACCAUGGAGCUCUGCACUCCAGAGUUCCCUGAUGGAAGGGUUAUUUUGGUGGUUGCAAAUGAUGUUACGUUUAGAAACGGAUCUUUUGGUCCUCUUGAGGAUGCAUUCUUUGAGGCCGUGACUGAUCUCGCUUGCGCCAAGAAGCUGCCACUCAUCUACUUGGCGGCAAACUCGGGGGCACGGAUUGGGGCUGCCGAGGAGGUCAGAUCUUGCUUUAAAAUUGGGUGGUCUGAUGAGUCGAACACUGAUAGUGGGUUCCAGUAUUUGUAUCUAACACCCGAAGAUUAUGCUCGUAUCAAAUCGUCUGUAAUAGCGCACGAAGUUUGUCUCUCGAGUGGUGAAGCAAGAUGGAUCAUCGAUACGAUUGUGGGAAAAGAGGAUGGAUUAGGGGUUGAGAAUUUGAGUGGGAGUGGGGCGAUUGCUGGGGCAUAUUCAAAGGCUUACAAGGAAACUUUUACAUUAACGUAUGUGACGGGAAGAACGGUCGGUAUAGGCGCAUAUCUUGCCCGUCUUGGAAUGCGGUGCAUACAGCGUCUCGAUCAGCCAAUUAUCUUGACUGGAUUUUCUGCGCUAAACAAGCUUUUGGGACGAGAGGUGUAUAGCUCGCAAAUGCAACUUGGUGGACCGAAAAUUAUGGCGACAAAUGGUGUCGUUCAUCUAACUGUCUCCGAUGAUCUCGAAGGCAUCUCGGCUAUCUUGAAUUGGUUGAGCUUUGUUCCGCCUCAUGUUGGUGGUCCGCUUCCUGUUUUGGCACCCGUGGAUCCGCCCGAAAGGUCUGUUGAGUACCUACCUGAAAACUCAUGUGAUCCUCGGGCAGCCAUUUGUGGGACCCCGGGCGGUAAUGGUGAAUGGUUAGGUGGGAUUUUUGAUCGAAACAGUUUUAUCGAGACGUUGGAAGGUUGGGCGAGGACGGUGGUUACCGGUCGUGCGAAACUUGGCGGGAUUCCGGUCGGAAUCGUUGCAGUCGAGACACAAACGAUGAUGCAAGUUAUACCCGCGGAUCCCGGUCAGCUUGAUUCACACGAACGGGUAGUCCCACAAGCCGGACAGGUUUGGUUCCCGGAUUCCGCGAGUAAGACGGCUCAGGCGUUGAUGGAUUUCAACCGAGAAGAGCUCCCGCUUUUCAUCAUGGCAAACUGGCGAGGCUUUUCCGCUGGUCAACGAGACCUUUUCGAAGGGAUUUUACAAGCGGGAUCGACGAUUGUAGAGAAUCUUAGAACGUAUAAUCAGCCGGUUUUCGUUUACAUCCCGAAAACCGGCGAGCUGCGAGGCGGUGCAUGGGUGGUUGUCGACAGUCGAAUCAACUCGGAUCAUAUAGAAAUGUAUGCAGAAACGACAGCCAAAGGAAACGUUCUCGAGCCUGAAGGGAUGAUCGAAAUCAAGUUCCGAAACAAAGAGUUGUUAGACUGUAUGAGUCGACUCGACCCACACCUUCGAAAUCUGAAAGAAAAACUUCAAGAAACGAAGUACGAUCAAACAAUCGUCCAACAAAUAAAAUCCCGCGAGAAACAACUUCUACCCAUCUACACUCAAAUCGCUACCAAAUUUGCCGAACUUCACGACACAUCAUUCCGAAUGGCUGCAAAAGGUGUCGUGAAAGAGGUCGUCGACUGGAAAAUUUCUCGGUUUUUCUUCUACAAAAGGCUACGUCGUAGGUUAUCCGAGGCUUCUCUCAUCAGUAGUGCACGAGAUGCGGCUGGAGACACCCUUUCCUACAAGUCCGCUAACGACAUGAUCAAGAAAUGGUUUUCCGACUCCAAAAGCGAAGAUCUUUGGCUCAACGACGAUGCUUUUUUCGCUUGGAAAGACGAUCCCUCAAAUUACAACGAUAAGUUAGCCGAGCUUUGUGUGCAGAAGGUCUCGAACCAAUUAUCGAAGAUGGGUAGUUCAGCGUCGGCUCUAAAAGCGUUACCACAGGGCCUGGCUGCACUUUUGCAAGAGAUGGAUCCGGCGACCAAAAGUAAAUUAAUCGAAGAACUCCGGCGGGUAAUCGAGUAGAAUAAUAAGGAAUAAUCAGAUUCUUUGUUUAUUUGCCGGCGACCGGAAAAGCACUUGAAGCAGUGUACAUAAAAAAUAGGUAUUUAUAAAGAUAUAGUUUGAGGGCAGUUUGCAUAUUCAGAAUAUUUAUUUUUCUUCAUAAUUUGUAAGCUACAAUCACAUUAAUUUCUAUCAUAUCAUGUAUACACUAUUGUU